AGAAACAACCGGAAACUGGCACUAAUUCUGUGCUUCCGUGUUUUCUGCCCCGUGGCGUUUAGUUUUAACGUUUGUUUUGAAGAGCCCAUCUUCCACACGCAUUUCUAAAGUAAAAGUAAACGUUAAUAUAAUAUCCAGCUAGAAGCUUUUCUUAGCGUUCUCGCUAACAGGAGACAUCUCAGCUGAUACACCGAUGGCACAUUCCUAUUGAAUUGGAUCAAGGUGAACAUGAAGAGGCAGCUUUGGCAGCAGUAUAUUCACACAUUUUUGAGGAAUCUGAAUACGAUCACUGAAAUGCCUUAGGAAUGCAAUAUGACUGCAGGAGUGUAACUUCUCUGCGCUCCCCGCUCUUGGUUGCGCUUUUUUUUUACGGAACACAAAAUGAAUCCAAUGCCUUUAUAAAUGUGGCAUGGAUUAAACCUCUGUGCAUAAAGUGAGGUUUUGCCAGAGCAGACCUGAAGAUGUGUGGCUGAUUAGGAGAACUGUGUGUCUCUCCCCGCUAUGCCCAGACGAGGGCCGUCACUGCAAGGCCGGGUGCGCUGGCUCCUUCUGGGUAUAUUUUUGCUUCUUGUCUUCCUCUUCUUUGCCUACUUGCUGGAGUGUACACCACCUGCAGAUGUAACCCAUGGCUUGCCUGGCCUCGGAGGGGAACCUUAUGGAAAAGAAUAUUAUCAGGCACUGCUCCAGGAGCAGGAGGAGCGGCAUCUCAGCCGAGCGGCCAGCCUCAAGAGGCAGAUUGCGCAGCUUAAACAGGAACUGCAGGAGAUGAAUGAUAAGCUGAAGAGCCUGCAGGAGAAAAAAGAGGGCCCUGGACUACAGGGCCUGGUUGAUGGCAAAGAUCAGGAACCGAGUGACCUGUUGGAAUUCCUGCAUUCACAGAUCGAUAAGGCAGAGGUGAAUACAGGAGCAAGACUCCCCAGUGAGUAUGCUUUAGUGCCCUUUGAAAGUUUCACCACAACAAAGGUUUAUCAGCUAGAGAUGGGUCUCACUCGGCAUCCUGAGGAAAAGCCUGUACGCAAGGACCGGCGAGACGAGCUGGUGGAGGUAAUUGAGGCAGGUCUGGAUGUUCUAAACAACCCUGAUGAAGAGGAAGGCCAGGAAGAGGACAUCCCCAUGCAGAGACAGACCUUCACCGAGAGCCACUUUGUCGAGGGGCUUUACAGGACUGAACGGGACAAAGGAACACAGUACGAGCUGUAUUUUGUGAAGGAAAAUUCACACGAAUUCUGCCAAGUAACCCUCUUCCGUCCAUUUGGUCCCUUAAUGAAAGUGAGGAGCACAUCUGUGGACACAGGCAGCACAAUCAUUAAUAUUAUAGUGCCUCUGUCAGGCAGAACAGAAACUUUUAUUCAAUUUCUACACAACUUCAGGGAGGUAGGUAUACAUCUGGACAAACGAGUGUAUCUUACAGUGGUCUACUUUGGGGAAGAGGGUUUGCAAGAGGUGACCUCAUCUUUACGAAAAAUGUCCAGCGAGGAGAAUUUCACGAACUACACUCUUAUCCCCGUGGACGAGGAGUUUUCCCGUGGCAGAGGACUGGACAUUGGUGCUCAUGCAUGGAAGAAAGAGACCGAUGUGUUGAUGUUUUUCUGUGAUGUAGAUAUUUAUUUCACGCUUGAAUUCCUCAACACGUGCCGUCUCAAUACAACCCCCGGGAAACGAGUGUUCUAUCCAGUAGUGUUUAGUUUAUACAAUCCUGCCAUAGUAUAUGGAAAUCUUGAAUUGGCUCCACCCAUUGAACAUCAGUUGAUUCAUAAAAAAGAUGCUGGAUUCUGGAGGGACUUUGGAUUUGGCAUGACGUGUCAGUAUCGCUCGGACUUCCUCACUAUCGGAGGAUUUGAUCUGGAAGUGAAGGGUUGGGGAGUGGAGGAUGUCCAUUUGUACAGGAAGUAUCUGAGGAGUGAGCUAAUAGUGAUGCGCACACCUGUUUCGGGUCUUUUCCACCUGUGGCACGAGAAGCUGUGUGCAGAUGAGUUAACGCCAGAACAGUACCGCAUGUGUAUCCAGUCAAAAGCCAUGAAUGAAGCUUCUCACUCUCAUUUGGGCAUGUUGGUGUUCCGCGAGGAGAUUGAAAACCACCUCCGCAAGCAAGCCUACAAAAGUCAGAGCAGGGCCGAGGAUUGAAACAGUUACAGUAAACCUGCUCCCAGUAAGCACAAUCUUGGUGCAUUUCAGCAGGGCAGAAUUUAGCCAGCUGAGAUUUGUCCAGAUCUUUCUAUGUUAACACAUUUUCUGAAAUAAUUCAGAAGAUUAACUAAAAUGGAGAAUCCCAGGGAUCAACUAAGAAUAAAUAUCGUUGGACAAAGUGUAUGAAAUGAAGUGUUGUAUGGGAACUUUGUGUGAAGGCUGUGGCAAUGACUGUGUUAUUCGCAUUCUGAAGGUCCAUUUGCUUUUUUUAUUAAGUUAAAAUGACCAAUUGAAUUGGUGCUUUUAUGUUCAAGCACAUUCAUAGCCUAACCGAGGCACGGUUGUCAUACACUUAUUUUUUAAUGUUAUUGUUUAACAUACUGUUACUUUUAAUUGCUGUUAGUAUUAAAAUCAUGUGUGCUAUGCUAAUGAGCCACAGUUUUAUAAAGGUGAUGCAACUGAGAGAGACAAUCAGUUGUAAAUGGAUAUAAAAUUCUAAGAAGAACGAUAUCGUAGAAGGGGACUGAAAACUUUUAUUCUCUACAAUACAAUUUAGCAGGAAUCAGACUCAGCUGGUGGAACAGUGGGACACUACUCUGUGGUAUUCAUUUUAUUUGAAGUGGGUAAAUGCUUACUUAAUCCCAGCUGGUUUUGAAUAAUUAACUGUUGACUAUUAUAAAUACCCGGUAGCCAUUUACUAUCCAUUAAGGACAUUUUUUUUUAAUCAGUUAAACAAUAGAGGCUACUAAUACAAAACUGGCAUCUGUAGCAUCCAAAAUAACAGCACAAUGCAAUGGUGAAGUGUAAACUUCUCAACUUUUUUUUUAAAUAAAGAGGGACAGCAGUCUUUCA